ACUGGUCUUGUUUGGGCCAAAUCAACUUGUUGUAGCCUCAAAAGUUGCCGACGAGCUUCAUUUUAGGUAUCAGCCGGAACCUUGGUCGCCUGAAGUUCAGCGCGCUCUGGAACAAACCAAUUAAGUAAGGCCAAGGAUCACGCAGCAGUCCAGAUUAACAUUGGUCAUUUUGACGAGCACGGAGUUUGUGCUAGGACCUUUUCCACUUCCGCGCUUUCUGUAUUCAUCCGAGCUCAGCUGAUAGUUAUGUGCUAGAACUUUUGUCUGCCUUGACACUUUGAUGACUGGCAGCUGAUUUUCUUUCCAAAUACAUCUUCCUUGCUGUGGAAAGGGUUGGUUCCAGCACUGAUUUGAUGGCCCAGAGAGUGGAAUUUGUUCAAGAAACCGAUAAAAAAAGCCAUCUUAUGGAUCUUCUUCUCACCCAAACAGCAAACGGUGUACAAGAGAAGAAAGCAUUGACUCUAGUUUUUGUGGGGACAAAGAAAGUAGCUGAUGCCUUGGAGCAUUGGCUAUGUGUGAAGGGAUUUCCUGCGACUUCUAUUCAUGGCGAUAGAACACAGCAAGAACUUGAGAAUGCUCUCAGAUCUUUCAAGACUGGCCAGACUCCAAUUUUGGUGGCAACUGAUGCUGCAGCAAGUGGGCUCGACAUUCCGCAUGCAGAUCAUGUAGUAAACUUCGACCUUCCUAACAACAUUGAUGACUAAGUGCGCCGGA